GAUGGAUUAAAGCUAGCUAAAGAGAUUGCAAAGAUACACUAUGAGAAUAAAGAUGUCCACUUAGCCCGAGAUGCUAUGGAAACUGCCUUCAGGAAGUACCCGUCCUAUGUUACCCCAGAGGAUGUGAACUUAAUGCUUGAAGUGUUAAUGCAUCAGCAGGAGUAUACAAAGUGUAUAGAGAUUCUUAUCAAUCAUGCAGGAGUUCAGCUUUUGAACAAGCACGUUGGUGAAGAGGAAUUCCACAGUCGCAGUUUAGAGGAGCAGUUAUCCCAGGCAACUGAGUGUUAUGUUCCUGCAGACUUAUUGAUUGAUCUUCACACAAAAUUGACUGUGUCCCUGAUUCAUGUGAAAGCAUUUGAAAUCAGCGCACCACUGGUUGAGCAGCUGAUGACUGAGUCAGUGGAGGAAUUUGGUGACCUGUAUUUAGACAUUGCUGAAGCCUACAUGGAUGUUGAUUUCCACGAAGCUGCCCUCCAACUGCUGCGUCCACUCAUCAACUCGGAUCACUAUAAUGUUGCUGCUGUUUGGCUUCAGUAUGGGGAGAGUUUGGCAGCUGUUGACCAGAUGGAGGAAGCUGCUGAGGCAUACAACAAGGUGGUGAGACUGGCGCCGCAGCAUGCCGAAGCCCGUCUGACCCUCUCCUCCAUCCUGCAGUCGCUUGGCCGCCUGGAUGAAGCUCUCCUCAUCCUGAACCAAGAGAGUGACUUUGAGCCUUUGGACUCACAGCUCCUCUUCCAGCGAUGCAAGAUCCUGCUUGAUCAGAACCUUGUUGACGAAUUCAUUAAUGCUGCUAAAUUGCUGUUCAGGAGGCAUUUUAUUCAUAUUAGAAAUCGAGAUGAGGCAGAAGCCAUGAUCAGCAACAAGAAGCUGAGCAACAAAUACGAAGCCAUCAGAGAACUCCGGCGUUCCAAGAAUGAGAGUCUGGAAGACAAUGGCCCAGCUUACACAGGGCCAGAUGUGUCCAUAGAAGAUCAGUGGGAACUCUUUACCAGUGUGUGUAAUAUCCUUCAUGAAAAGAAGAGGUUUGAAGAACUAGAAAGGAUGACUUUCACAGCCCUUGGGUCUAAAGAAUUUAUGAAGGACAAGGAACGUGCAAGAGAGGUUGAGUUUAUGUGCCUCUUAGCCUGUAUCUACAAUGAAAGCUCCUACUUUGCCUACAACAUUAUGAGGGAGCUGGUGAUCAAGAACCCUGAGAAUGUGAGAUGCUGGAACCUCCUCAACCUCAUCAUCUCCAAAGCAGACGACUUCCGCCACAACCGUUUCCUGCUUCGCCUGACCCACAAACACCCAGACCUGGUAGCCCUGGGAUUGCUCAAUGGCCACAACUGUUUGGUGGCCGGCACCUACAAAUAUUCCUUAGCAGAGUACACAGGUGCCUUCAAGCAAGACCCAAGCAACCCCCUCAUUCCACUCAUGCUUGGACUGACCUUCACCCACAUGGCCUGCCAGAAAUUCAGUGGGAAAAAGCACUCGCUGGUUGUGCAAGCCUGCGCAUUCUUAAAUACUUACGUUGAGAUGCGCGGAGAGUGUCAGGAAUCAAUGUACAACUUGGGACGAGCCAUGCACCAGCUGAAUCUUCUCCCACAGGCCAUCCACUACUACAAGCAAGCCCUUACCUGCCAGCCUGUUGAAUCACUGGAAGGAGGCCCCAUGUUAGACCUCUCAAGGGAAAUUGCAUUUAACCUUGCAUUGAUAUAUCAGAACAGUGGCUCUCCAGAUUUGGCAAGAAUGUAUAUGUAUAAGUACAUACAAAUUUAGUUUAUGAAUAGAGUGUACAUAUGUUGUAAUGAAUAUAUUCAUUCUUCUUUCUGGCAGUGGGAAAUUCAGAAUUUUAGGGACCAAUAAAGCAAUCCAGUAAACUAGGAUAUUAGGAUAUAUGUAGAAAAUGUAUCAUGGUCAUACAUGUGAAUUGGUUGUGUAUGUCAUCAGAGGGAGACUUUAAUUUCAGUAAGGAAUAUAGAGAGAAAUUAAGAAUAACAAGUAUAACCAAAGGAAAGUAUUAAUAAUUAAGAGAAAUUGUGAGUGGGGCAUUAAUAAGAAAUAUUUAUUUUGUAAAUACUGUGUAUAUAUAUA